AUGUCUCAUUCAACCAUCGGGGCGCCAAUUCGCACUCAACCUCACGAUGACGACCACUGGAUUGCCGACCACACCUCCUUGGACAUUGAUCUUGAUGAUGAUGGAUGGAUUGAAAAAUGUAUUGAGAUGCUUGAAAACCACGAUUUAUGGCAUCAAACAUGCAUCCAAAUGAUCACCGCCAGGAAAAUUGACUCACCUCUUCUCGAUGUACAAAGCUCAUUCCUAUAUGACAGCGAGGCGAUGAAACUAGACCUAUCGAGGGAGGAAAACUCCAAUACGUUCGAGCUGAUGCAAGUCCCUUUGCAUAUCAUUCCCCUAAAGGCUGUGCUACUAACCGCCUCUAUUGGCAGCUCCAUAUCACGGACCUUGCAAAAUGAGGAAGACGAAGAAGACCUACCCCGCAAUGAGUUUGAUUUGCUUCGCGUCAGCCCCACAGCCCUCAGGCACCUCGCGUCAACGUACCACAUCCCAAGUGCCUUUCUUGCAGCUGUCUCCCGCUCACUUGGUGUUUUCGGAUCGGUUUUCCGCCGCCAGUCGAAGCGCGAGUGGGACUAUUGGUGUCUGCUCCCCUGCAGAGUCGCACAUAAGACGUCGGCAGACGUGGCCAGAUCACCGUUCGAAGAGCAGAUGGACCCAUUCAGCAAUAUCUAUUUGGAGAACCAAGAAGUGGGUAUCAUGGGUCAUGAAGUUGCUCUCUACGUCAAGCGGGACUGCGAGACCAGGAGGUUGCGGGUCUUUGUUGUGAACACGGCCAGUCAAUUAUGGGGGGGGUUCAAGGUUCAAAAACCUCUAGCCCAGAUUCAGAACGGCCUCGAGCGAAGAUCCAGCAUGGACCUAGACGGCAGUCCAUGCUUCGUAGUGCUCGUUUAUGUCGCUUUCAUACUCGAAUGGUGGAAUAACGUGCUCCUUUACGUCAACAGGGAACUGAUCAACCAUGAAAGAAUGCUCCAGAGGGAGAUUGCGAACGAGACCGAAGGAUUUCUCAACACCAGUAAAGUUCUCAAUGCGGCCCUCCACACCAUGGCUGCCCACCUCUACCAUUACAAAACUGAGCUCCAACGUAUUGAGAUGGCCCUCUCUGAUCUUCGCAAACACCGCACGGAGAUGACAUACAAGCCGAGGCUAAAGCGGAGGGAUGGAGAAGAUAGGAAGCAAGAAGAGGAAAAUGAAGAGGCCCAGGAAGAAUUCCCACCAAUAGAUCGAGAACUGCAGAAGAUUGAGCAAUUAGCGUCACGGCUGGCGGUAAUAUCCAGCAUCGAGGACGAGAUGGAGAAGAAGGUCCAGAACAUCUUGGCCCAGCUCUUCAACCAAAUCCAAACCAUCAACGACAAGACGUUGCAGGCUAUCCUCAACGCUUCCCAGCAAGAGAACCGGAUCUCGCAAAAACUAUCCUUGGCUUCUCACAUGUUGUCAAGGAGUAUGAAGAGAGACAGCAUCGCCAUGAAGACCAUUGCCAUCAUGACCCUAGUGUUUCUUCCGGGAGCGACAUUCGCUGCCAUAUUCGCGAUGCCAUUCUUUACCGAGAACAAAUACCUAUCUUCACCGUCCCAAGUCUGGAUUUGGAUUAUUCUCACCGUUAUUUGUACCGCUUUCGCGUUCGGUGGGUAUGUCCACGUCAUAAAGCGUGGGGAAUCGACUCUUGGCGAUCCUGAGGAUGAUAACGACAUCACCAUAUCGUCUGCGGGUACCACUGCUUCGAACGCACCAUCAGCGGUCGGCAACGGCGAUAACACGUCUUAUAAUGGCAACAAGCAACACUGGUGGCAACGAGUCUCUCAGAGAGCAUCCCAAGGCGGUAUUGAACUGAGAACUCGUAGGGGAUCGUAG